AUGUUUCAUUUGGGAGAACUCAUCUUACUGCUCUUAGUAAAUGGAUUUGUAUUGGUCUUGGCUAAGAACAACUACGAGGUCCGUUUGAAUAAAUUUCAGUGCGAUACACCAAAGGGCAUUUAUGUCAAUGAAUUGAAUUGCAUUUUACAUCGUCAGAGUAAGCCGCCAUUACUCUCGGUGCGAUUUAAUCUGAAUGAGACAAUCGAACGCUUUGAUAUGCAAUUAAUUUUUGAUCUGAUCAAAAAGGAUAAUAGUCGCAUGAAUGUGGCCGAUAUUAAAAUGGAUGGAUGCAAAUAUCUUUCAUCGUAUUAUGAAACACAAUUCUUUGGUAAAUUUUAUAAGCGCAUUAUGGCCGUCAGUGUAUUACCAAAAUCAUGUCCCAUCGAAGCGAAAAAAUUAUUUAGUAUACGCAACUAUACAAUUAUUGCGGAUGAUUUUCCCCCGGGAGCUCCGCAAUCUAAAUGGCAAAUGCGAUUGAAAAUUCUACAUAAAAUGCAACUAUAUGCGAAUGUAUUAUUCGAGGGAGCUGUGGUCUAUAAUACGUGAUGUAGUCGUAUUCUCUCUCUCUCUCUCUCUCUCACUCUC